AUGACCGGUGAGACUUUCUGGGAAGAGCACAGUACUUUCGCCACGAACCUAUCCCAAGGCCUUUCGUCCUCAUUAAUAGACCGCAGUAAUAGUGAAGAAGCACACAUCAAAAUGUAUUUUGAGCAUUUUCACCCGUCUUUACCAUUGUUACAUCGUCCCACAUUCACCGUGUCAUCGGCGCCGAAGCUACUGUUAAAUGCUGUUACUGCUAUUGGUAGCUUGUUUUCAGCAAGCUCAUAUGACCUCGAGGAAGCACAAGCUUGCGCAAAUUGGCGCCGAGGUGUGUGGCAAAGUGGACAACAGGACCUCCGGAAUAUGGUAUAUGACAUGGUUCUUCUCACAGCUUGUUGUUUCGGGUAA